AUGGCCAUGCCGGGGCCGGCGGCGAGAUCGAGAAACGCCAAGCUGUUCGCCAAGGCGCGGCGAGCGAGCGUCACGAGGAGGUUGGGGAACCAGCGAGGGGCGGGAGCGGCCGCGAGGUCGGCCAUCGGCUGGAGUCUCCGCAACGCACUGAAAGUUUGGAGCAGCUUCCUGCUCCUGAUGGCAGCAUUUGCUUUCUUUAUUCAGGUAGAUGGGCAAUAG